AGAAGAAAAAUUUUACACAUUGAAACCAGAAGAAUACGUUGUAAAAGUUGAACAUUCAAUAAUUGCCACCAAAUUUUUUGGUAAUUCUAAAAGUGACAUGAUAGCCGGAUCACAGAGGAGCAUGAAGGGUUGGUUAUAUGAUGCUGAUGGAUCACAAAUUCGUGAGUAAGUUAGUUUUGUAUACAUGGUUUGAAUGUGCAUGUUUAUUUCGUAAAUGAUAAAUUAAAAUAAAGUAUAAGGACCUGUAUAUGAUAUAUUAAACGCCCGGCACUACUCCACAAACGUCCCGUCUCCAAAAUUAUCUUUAAUUAAUGCUCCUUGUGAAGUAUUGAUGUCCGUUUUUAAACAACCUGAUAAAGCAAGACAAAAUUAAAACAACUUAUAGUUCAUAUAUUGUACUGUAGUAUUUAUUCAAAUGUUUGCUCAUUAACGACUGUCGAAUAGUUUCCUACUGUAUUUCGAGCUUAAAAUGUGGGUAUCGCUUAUAUUUGCACGAAAAUUGCGAGGACAACCAUGAGGCCCACUUGGAAUUAACUGCAUUACAUCGCCUUUGAUGUCACUGUCUGAAUAUUUCCUAUUGCCGUUAUUGUUAACUGAUUAUUUUCCGUUGAAGUUAUUGAAUGACGGUCAUGACGAUUAAGGUUACAGGACACCCUUUUGGGCGUUUUACAGAAAAUCGCUACUGCGCGCUCAAUAUCAGUCCGAUUUUCAUCAAAUUUUCACCAAAUGUUCAGUCUCCAGUGCAUGCAAAAUAUUGACAAACAAUAAAAUAAUAUUGACAAACAAAAAUAGAAUAAAACAAUAAAAUAAAAUUGACAAACAAUAAAAUAAUAUAAGAAAUAUUCAGGAAAAUCUUAAAUCGCGGUACCUUUACGCUUUUGAGUUGUGUUCCUGCUGGUUUUAAGAUAUAUUUAUGAAAAUAUAAUUUUUAUACAGCAAAUAGUUGUUCUAAAAAAUUGUGUUCGGAAUUUUUGUUUAUUUCGUCAUUCCGCUGAUAUGGCGAUUUCUUUGACGACUGCAGUAUAUUUCUGAAUCGUUUGAGUGAAUUGCUCCUCAUUAUGAAAUAUCCAAAAUUAGAAAAAAGCCGAACGCAAUUUCGAAACUAACGUCUGUAGCUAUGUCCUGCGAAAAUUUGAGAAAAAUUCGUUAAAACCCGCAGGAGAACAACUCAUUUGAAAAUCAGUAAUUACUCGCUGGGGCACUCUGUGCCCCAGACGAGUAUAGGUUUCGGCAUGGUUCUCCAAUCUCCGAUCGUCGACAGUCACAAAAUAGAAUAUUAAUGAGCUGCUUGAUCCUUUUCAAAAUGGCGGGGCCUUUCGUGAAGUGGGCAAAAUGUUUCAAACAAUUCCGUGCCCAAUUGCGUGAAAAUUUUGGCCGAAUUGUACCUGUUUUCUAUGGAUUUUGCAUUGUGUCAAACUCAGGACAUUCAUGCUAGUUUAUUUAAUGCGUUUUCCUUGGUGAACGACUCUGAAAAUUCGAAAUUCACUAAAUUUGGAUCGUUGAAUUCCCGUGCACGAUCAUAAUAUACUGAAUCUGAAUAUAAACGAGCCAAAGACAAUUUCAAGGUAAAGGUUAUUUAUUAAAACUACGUUCUGCAGUUUAAGUUAUAACUACUUUAUGAGAAGCAUAUUCGUGUCAUAUCAAUAUAAAUUAAUUUAUCGAACAACAGUCCGUGAAAACUGUCUGUAGACUGUAUAGUGUACACAGUGUGAAAUAUCAUAUUGUAUUUGUAUAAAAUGCCUCUUAAUGGCGCAAUAAGGAUAAAAAUACGACCGUUCGAUUCAGCGUAAGAAAUUGUACUUACGGAUGAGAAAUUGUACCUACGGAUGUUAAAUGUAUUACUAAACAACUGACAACAGUAUUAUAGCUAUUUAUGGCCUUUGACUUUGUCUUUAAAAGCAAAGCGAAAUUGUAUUAUUUGUUGACAAAUCGCUCAAAUAAUAUAUAAAAGAUGCAGUACGUCUUUGGUAUCAUUGGUUUUCUCUUUUUCGGCCGUACACCAGUGGAGUCGUCUCACUUCUCUCUUCAUUUUGAUAAUAUUUUGAGCCGAAAAGCCCAAAAAUAUUUUAUUUUAAACGUUUUAAACUGGCGGCCGACAGAAGAAUGUAGCGUAUAAAAUAUAACUUUACUUGUGGCCCGAGCUAAAGGGGAAACUUUCGGCGUUUAUGGCUAGGCUUAAUUUCCACGCACGUAAAACUUUAAAUCAGUAAAAUAGCCAAAUAAAUAAAGCAACAGAAUUUACUGUUACGAACGCUUUAGUAUGAAUUUGUUAACUUAUUUGUAAAAUAUUUGAAAAUAGAAAGAUUCAAAGUUUUACGUGCGUGUAGCCGUGUAUACGUGAGUACGAAAAACGCAACAGUGGAAAUCAGCCUUUAAAGGCCUGAUUUCACGGGCGCUUUUUCUCGGCGAAAUGCAAAAUAUUUCCCCUGCUUCUUUUGAAUUGUGAGCAAUCAAGUAGAAUUAAUUUAUUCGAGUAGUCGCAAUUCAAAAGAAACAGGCAAAAUAAUUCGCAUUUCGCCGACAAAAAGCGUUCGUGGAAUCAGGCCUUUAGAUCUUAACAGUAAUGUGCGUCAGUACUCAGUUGUGUAGCCCCAGCGAGUUAACGCUCCACAGAGCGUCUUGUUGCCGUAAAAUUCUUCGGGAGAAAAUUAAAUUUGAACAUUACAUUUUCAAUCUUUUUCUUAUUACAGCGAAAUGUAGUUUAUUAAAUAACUCUGCGAGUUUUCAACAUUUUUCGUUCAAACUUGGACAUAUAGUAGAACCAGUCUAAUGCUUUCAUGCAAACCAGUAAAAAAACUUAGGCAAAAUUAACACUCAAAGGUGUUCUGUAACCUUAAUAGUAAUAAUAAUAUUUAUUAAUUUAUAUUCAAUGAUCGAAUGCGCAUUACAACUAUUGAUACUAGUAUUAUAGAAGGAUAAAAACAAUUUAUGCCAAAUCAUCGUACGGCCGUACGCUAAUCUAUAAAAAUAAGUUUUAAGAAGCGUCCUAAAACAGUUAACGUUCUUUGCAUUCCAAAUUUCUGUGAAUGGCCUUAAAAGUUAUUAACAAAAUUUUAAAUUUAAUACGAAAUCUACUAUCCACUACAGUAUACUAUCCACCAGAUUUUUUCAACCAUAUUAAAAAUGCUUGAAAAGCUGUGAAACCACGGACAUUCAAUAGGCCGAAACUAUAUUUCACAAAUACUGAAGUUUAAUCUGGGUUAUACCGAUCAAUGGACAAUUUUAAAAGACGCUUCAAAAAAUCACUAUUCGGUGGAUAGCGCUAUCCGGCCUUUGUAGCCUACAACUGGCCCCAGAUGUGCCUGGCUCGGGCGUAUCGAUGCUCUUUCAUCUCUGCCUUUACUCUUAAGGAUGAAAAAAGGAGCAGACAAAUUAACAAUACGAGAGUUAUUCUCGGCCGCCGGUGUGGGAAGUCUUGAGCAAGUGUCUGACGCUUUAAAUGCGAAAGGUAAAACAUACCGCCGUCAUGGUCUGGUUCUGCAUGUCACCAUUAAAUACACAAACAUUCAUGGAAGUUGGUUUGGAACUGGGUAA